AUGCUUCCGUGCUCAUCAGUACCGCUCAGCGCAGUCGUCCUUUUCUCCCUCCUCACCUCCCUCGUCUCUUCACACAUAGUCAUCACAUACCCAGGAUGGAGAGGGAACAACCUCCACACGAAUGGCACAGUACAGGAAACCAACGCCCUCGCUGUUGCUGAAUCCCAAAAUGGCACCGGUCUCGUUCACCCGUACGGCAUGCAAUGGGAAUAUCCAUGCGGCGGCAUGCCCCUGUCCAGCAACCGCACCAAAUGGCCCGUCCGCGGCGGCGCCAUUGCCAUCCAACCAGGCUGGUUCCAAGGCCACGCCACCGCCUUCUUCUACAUCAACAUGGGCUUCGGCGAGAUCCCGCUCAACAUGUCCUUCAAUAUGGUCCCCGCCUUCCAGAUCGUAGGCCCUACAAAGGACCCAUACCCCGGCACAUUCUGCCUACCACAGGUCCCACUACCAGCCAACACCACCGUCCAACCGGGCGACAAGGCAACCAUCCAGGUCAUCGAGACAGCCGUCCACGGUGCCGCAUUGUACAACUGCGUGGACAUCGAAUUCGCCGAACCGGCCGACGUGGCCGAAGUCAAUGAAUCCAACUGCUUCAACUCGUCCGACAUCUCCUUCCAGCUCGUCUUCUCCACUGCCGCUCUCUCCCAAGCCGUCUCCUCCUCCUCAAUACCCUCAACUCACCUCCUGGCCAUGGUGCCGUUAUUAAUCCUGGGCUUGGUGGGACUGCUGAAUUAG